AUGGCAGACCACCCGCGUACGUACAUUUACCCGGCAGAGCUUAUCCUGUGCUACUGCAUCAGCACUAGUGAAGCGCUUGAUGUGUGCUCGGCGUGGUAG